AUGGGCUUGCAUUUCAAGUGGCCAUUAUGGGUACCUAUGCUGGCAGCACUGUUUGCUUGGAGUGUUAUUUUAAAAAACAUGCCUGUCAUGGGUAUAGCUUGUACAUUAACAUGCAGGUGUGAAAAACUGCUCGUUUACUGUGACUCAAAGGGCUUCCAUUUCAUACCAAACGUUGACCAGAACUCUCUCGGUUUGUCAUUGAGGCAUAAUUUUAUUCUUGAACUUCAGAAGCACCAAUUUUUAAAUUUCAGCCAACUUACAUGGCUUCAUUUAGAUUAUAACCAGAUCGAAAAUAUACAGGAGGAAUCAUUUCAAGGACUCUACAAACUUAAUGAAUUGAUUUUAAGAUCAAACAAAAUCUCUUAUUUGCCAAAUGCUACUUUUAGUCAGUUACUUAAUCUCCAAAUUUUAGACCUGUCUUUCAACCAAUUAACAUCUCUGAACACAGAAUUAUUUCAUGGCCUUCGGAAAUUGCAAAGCAUGCACUUGCGUGCAAAUUCUCUCAGAACUAUACCAGUCCGAGUGUUCUGGGACUGUCGAAGUCUGGAGUUUUUGGAUAUAAGUUGGAAUCGCAUAAGAAGUUUGUCACGAAAUGGUUUUGCAGGAUUAAUCAAGUUAAGAGAACUACACUUGGAAAACAACCAUCUUUCAAAAAUUAAUUUCGCUCAUUUCAUGCGGUUAAUAAGCCUACAAACAUUGUUUUUACAGCAAAAUAAAAUUAACAGCUUGACAUGCAGUAUGAACUGGACCUGGGACACACUACAAAAGUUGGACUUGACAGAAAAUGAAAUUAAAAGUUUGGAUAUUAAAGUUUUUGAAACAUUGCCUUCUCUUAAAAUAUUACUUAUAAAUAAUAACAAGCUUCAAUAUUUGAAUAUUAGCUUCUUACAAUCACUUAAGUCCUUAAUUACAAUUGGUCUAUCAGGUAACAUUUGGGAUUGCAACUGGAGAAUAUGUCCAUUAGCUAUUUGGCUUGGUGAUUUCAAGGGAAAACUGGAGCACUCUGUACACUGUUACAGUCCGGACUAUGCUCAAGGGGAAGAUAUUGUAGACGCAGCUUACGGAUUUCAGCUAUGUUGGAAUAUAUCUACAAGUGUAACAUCAAUGGUGUCAAGUAUCAAAGCCCUUACAACCCAAUCUACAGCAAGACCCAAGCCAACUGAACUGGAGGAAAAAGAAAUGGCAACCACCGCAAUCAUUAUAGAUAUGACAGAACAUUAUUCUGAACUAGACACUGCCAUUUUCACUCAACAGGUAAUUACUGGGACAAUGGCAUUGUUAUUCUCUUUCUUUUUUGUAGUCUUUAUUGUAUUUAUCUCCAGAAAGUGUUGCCAGCCUACUUUAAGGAAAAUUAGGCAAUGCUCCGUUUUACAAAACCACAAACAUGUCCGAUCACACUCACUGUCAGGUACAUCCCAACAAGGAGGAUAUUAUGAUUAUGAGACUACUCCCGAAGGUCCUUUUAUAAUCAUUAAUGGAUAUGGACAAUGUAAAUGCCAACAGUUUCGCUACAAAGAAUGUGAAGUGUAG